CUGAAGAGGAAAAGGGAGAGAGAAAAUGGCAAUAAUGAUUUCCAAAAUGAAAAUCACUUGUUAUUUUUUAAUGAUCCUGGAGAAGACAUAGUCAAAUCCGAGGUUUUUGAACAAGAGGAACUGAACAUCGCUGAACAUCAACCUGUUCGUCUACAGUAUGGCGACGCCCACGGUGGAGGAGCUGCGAGCACGCCCCAGCCGCUGUACCAGACGCCCCACGCCCAUCCCCACGCCCACCCUUACCCCCGUGGGGCCCCGGACUCCCCCUGGCCGGAUACCCCGCGUCCCAACGGGGUCUUGGACAACGUGCUCUACCAUCACCCGCGAUUCGUGCAUCUGGGUCACCACCUGGUUCCCCCUCCUCACUUUCCGGUCGACUCCCCCUUCUCUCCUCACCUUCCCCCACCUCCUGCGCCGCCGCCCCCUCUCCAACACCACCUCGACAUGGCUCGGGGGCGUGGUGGUGAGUGCGGCCGGUCCCUCGGAGCAGCUGGCGUUCGGGCAUCACCUUCAUCACCACAUGCCCCUCGACCAUGGCAUGGCAGGAGGAGCAGCAGCAGCAGCUUCGAGCAGUCACCACACUUUCCCGAAUAGCGUCCCCGGGGGUCACUAUAUCCCCGGUGGGACUGCGGUGGCGAGUUACCACAGGGCGAGUGGUGACCUGGCCGGGUACCACAGCCCGGGUCAGGAAGGAAUGGCGAAUCACCAGUUUCCUGCCCUAGACGUGAUUGGUUAUUUUCCUAAUGAGAUUGUCGAUGCCGCGUCCAAUCACCACAGGGUAUCCGGUAGUGUCCUGGGGAGUGAUUGGAGUUCGCGGGGUGUUGUGGUGACCAAUCCUCCGCGCCAUUCACCGGAGGAGAUCUUACCCAAUCAGCUGAGUCCACACCACGAAAGCUUAGCCAAUCACAAUUCACCGUAUGGAGGCUCAGCCAAUCAGCACAGCCCAUCCGAUGGAGUCUCGGCCAAUCAGUGUAGUUCAGCAUAUGAAACAGCCAAUCAGCACAGUUCUCCUGAUGAAGCGGCCAAUCAACACGAUUUACCUCAUGUAGAUUCAGCCAAUCAACACGAUCUAUUUAAAGAUACUCCAGCCAAUCACCACAGCUUAUCUGAUGAAGUUUCAGCCAAUCAGCACAUUUCAGCGUAUGGAACAGCCAAUCAACACAAUCCAACUGAUGAAACAGCCAAUCAGCACAUUCCACCCAGCGAAAUACCAGCCAAUCAGCGCGCUCCACCUAGUGACACCCCGACCAAUCAGCGCCCUCCAUCCCAAGACAUCCCAGCCAAUGACGGCGCUCCUCCAGACGGGCCAGCCAAUCAGGACGAAGCCCGCGAUGACGUCACGGGAACCCCCUCUCCACGGAACACAAAAUCGGCCAAAAUUGACCCCUUGACCGAAAUUGACCCCGUGAAGAGCGAAUUUGACCCCGCGAAGAGCGAAAUUGACCCCGCGAAGAGCGAAUUUGACCCCGAUCGAGGUCAAAGCGAGAAUGCGGCGGAAGAGAGCGAGAAAAGCCAAGAGAAACCUUUCGCGUUCAGCCAUUACCUGUACAAUUAUCUCAGAUCUGUGAAGAAUAUACCUUCCUGUGAGAGCCAGCAGAACGAGACCGAGAGCCUGGCUUGGAGUUCAGACGCCUACACGCCCCCAGAGAGCCCCUCGACCACGCCCAUUCCUUCGCCAGCUCCACAACGCCGCGGUCUCGCCCUCCCGGCCCCCACGCCCACGCCGCCGGGAGAGCCCCCUUGCACCUCGCUCCCUCAGCGCCCACGAGAGCCGACUGGCGUGGGCGGAGUUCGGGAGAGCAGUCAAGGAGGAUCGGAUUCUCCCUUCCGAUCUGGAUCUUUUGGACAUGGCCGACGCGCACUUGUUCGGACUCCACGAAGCCAGUGUUGUAAGUUUAGUGGCGGAAUAGGAGCUAAAAUAGAGUCUGUCAUCGAUCUCGACCUUUCGGACAUGGGCGACGGCACUUUAGUUGUAGUGGUUGUAGUUAUAAGUUUAGAGCCUGUGUUCGAUCUCGACUUGUUGGACAUGGCCGAUGUGCACAUGUUCGGACUUCACGAAGCCAGCGCACCGGAAAAGAUGGCUCCAAGCAAUCUUUUCCGGUGGCAAUUAGGGUGUCUGGGACGCGACAACAAAAGCUGUCACGUGAUCAGAGUUGUGAUGGUUGUAGUUGUAAGUUUAGAGGUUGUCUUUGAUCUCAACUUUUUUGACAUGACUGAUGCGUACUUGUUCGGACUCCACGAAGCCAGCGGCGACGGGCAGCUGAUCUACGUCAACCCCUUGGGCACUGAGACCUCCCCCACCGACCCCCCCACGGACCCCGGGCCCCCCUACCCUGGCACGGACGCCCUUCCCCUCAACCUGGACCUCCCCUGCCCUCGGGGUAUGGGCACCCGGGCACGAUCUUCCCCUCGGGCGUGGUCGGGCACCCGCCCCCCCCGCCGGCGAUGUCUCCGGGCACGCGGGUCGUACACGCCUUCAUGA